GAACUGUUGAUAAAGAAGGCAAUCUCAUGAUGCAUGAUUUGAUUCAAGGCAUGGGCAGAGAAAUCGUGCGUGCAGAAUCGCCUGACAAUCCUGGAGAACGUAGUAGAUUGUGGCAUAAUGAAGAUAUAACAGACGUAUUGACGAAGCAAUCUGGAACGGAAGACGUUGAAGGACUCGCUUUAGAUAUGCAAGAGUCUGACGAGUGUAGCUUCAGUUCAGAAUUAUUUAGAAACAUGCAGAGUCUGAGAUUGCUCAAACUCAAUAACAUAAAGCUCACUGGAAGUUACGACAAUCUUUCCAAAGAGUUAAGAUGGUUGUGUUGGCAUGGAUUUCCUCUGGAGGUCAUACCAAAAGAUUUUGAUCAACCAAACCUAGUUGCUAUUGACCUGAGCUAUAGCAAACUCAUACGAGUUUGGGAGGAUUCCGAUUUGUUGCUCGAGAAGUUGAAGCUUCUUAAUCUCAGUCAUUCCCCUAACCUGGCACAAACACCAGACUUCUCAAGACUCCCAAAUCUCGAGGAAGUGAUAUUGAAUGAUUGUGAGAGUUUGUCCGAGGUUCACUCAUCCAUUGGGAAUCUUGAAAGACUUACUUUGGUUAAUCUUGACGGCUGCAAAAAUCUCAAGGAUCUCCCAUUGAAUUUCUUUAAUUCCAAGUCUAUUGAAACUCUUCUUCUUAACGGCUGUUCAAGAUUUGAAAACUUGGCUGAAGGCUUGGGAAAGAGUUACCAGAAGACAGCAGAUGGCACACCCAUAAGACAAAUACUAAGGCUGAGUUUUUCAUCUCAAUAUGUUUUGAAAGAGUCACCAUCAACUAGUCUUUUGCCCCCUUCUUUACAUGGCAUAAACUAUUUACGGAAAUUAGAUCUCGGAUGCUGCACUUUGACUGAUGACAAAAUCCCGAAAGAUCUUGGGAGUCUAAUUUCUUUAGAAGACUUAGAUCUUCGAAAAAAUAGUUUUUGUAGCUUACCAAGCCUCAGUGGUCUUUCUAAGCUUGAAACAUUGUGUUUAGAUGAUUGCACAAACCUACAUGCAAUCCCAAAUUUACCAACAAAUUUGAAAGUGUUGCGAGCGGGUUUGUGCACUGCACUAGAAACAAUGCCAGAUUUUUCAGAAUUGUUGAGUAUGAGAGAGCUGUAUCUAAGUCAUUCAUGCAAACUCACAGACAUUCCGGGCUUGGAUAAGUCAUUAAACUCGACAAGAAUUCAUAUGGAAGGGUGCAUCAAUCUCACUGCUGAUUUUAGGAACAACAUCCUACAGGGAUGGACUUCUUGCGGAUAUGGUGGCAUUUUUUUCAAUGGAAAUUAUCUUCCUGACUGGUUUGAUUUUGUCAAGGGUGAUCUGGUCAGCUUUCACGUACCUCCAAUUGUUGGUCGCAGUUUUAGCGGGUUGACUUUGUGCUGCAUAUACUCUUCAAAGGAACAACGUGAAGGUCCUCUCGGCAUUAUCAUUAGCAAUAAAACCAAGUGUACUGCUGUGCUCGCCCGGAUAACAUAUGCCUCAGUACCAACUUCCUGUACGCUUGAUGACCAUUAUCUUUGGCAGGGACAUAUAUCGAAUUAUGUGCUCAGUUUGCAAGGGGGGGACAAGGUUGAUAUAUUUGUAAAGCCUGUUGAACCUGCAGAUGCUUCUGUGAGUGUGAAGGAAAUAGGGGUUAAUCUAGUAUGGGACAACUUUAUGAAGGAAAAUAUGCAUGAUUCAGACUUGCUUCUAUAUGAUUUUGGCCAACAUCCGGAUUGGUUAUUGGGUGCUCAUGGGUAUGAAGGAAUCAGUAGAGAACUGAAGAGCAAUUAUUUGGACGUAGCCAGACACCCAGUUGGAAUAGAUUCUCGUGUGCAAGAAAUCAGUAAUUAUUUAGAUGUUGUAGGAUCAAAUGAUGUCCGUGUCAUUGGAAUCUGGGGCAUGGGCGGACUGGGUAAAACAACGGUUGCAAAAGCCGUUUUCAACAAACAUCAUGGUAGUUUUGAUGGUGCAAGCUUUCUUCCAAAUGUGAGAAAAGAGAAGAAACUGGUUCAUUCACAGAACAAACUACUUUCUGAUAUCUUGGGAUCGGGAAACAUGAAGGUUAGUAGCGACGAUGAAGGGACCAAGGAGAUUAAAAGAAGACUUGGCAACAAAAGAGUGCUUGUCAUAGUAGAUGAUGUAGACAGCCAUGUACAGUUAAAUGCAUUGGGUAUAAGUGGUAACUCAUUUGGUCGAGGAAGUAGAAUUAUCAUAACAACAAGAGAUCAACAUUUGCUAAGGAUGUUUAAUGUGGAUGCGAUAUGUCCUGUGCAAGGACUGAAUGACGAAGAAGCUCUUGAGCUGCUUAGUUGGUAUGCCUUUGGUAAGAGUUAUCCUAAUGAAGAGUAUGUUGAGCUCUCAAGAAAAGCUCUUGGCGACUGUGGAGGAGUAGCACUAGCACUACAAGUCUUAGGUUCUUAUCUGUGUACAAGAAGUAAAAAUGAAUGGGAAACUGAACUGGAUAAAUGGAAAAGACAUCGUCCUAGGGAGAUUCAUAGAAGACUUAAAAUAAGCUAUGAUGGGCUAAAUGAUCGCCUGAAGGAUGUAUUCCUGGAUAUAGGCUGUUUCUUUAUUGGAAUGAACGAGAACUAUGUCGAGACAAUAUUGGAUGACCGUGGCUUAUAUCCAGUGGGAGGAAUUCGAGAACUCCAAGAUAAAUGCCUUGUAACUGUUGAUACAAAGGGCGAUCUGAUGAUGCAUAACUUGAUUCGAGACAUGGCCAGAGAAAUCGUAUAUGCACAAUCCCCUGACCAUCCUGGAAAACGUAGUAGAUUGUGGCACCAUGCGGAUGUAAAGGACGUUUUGGGGGAAAAAUCUGGAACGGAAGACGUUGAAGGACUCGCUUUAGAUAUGCAAGAGUCUGAUGAGUGUAGCUUCAGUACAGAAGCAUUUAGAAAGAUGCAGAGUCUGAGAUUGCUCAAACUCAAUAACAUAAAGCUCACUGGAAGUUACCAAAAUCUUUCCAAAGAGUUAAGAUGGUUGUGUUGGCAUGGAUUUCCUCUGGAGGUCAUACCUGAAGAUUUCGAUCAGCCAAACCUAGUUGCUGUUGACCUGAGCUAUAGCAAACUCAUACGAGUUUGGGAGGAUACUGACGUGCUGCUCAAGAAUCUGAAAAUCAUCAAUCUCAGUCAUUCCCAUUACCUAACAGAAUCACCAGAUCUUUCCAAAGUCCCAAAUCUUGAAAAACUGAUAUUGGUAAAGUGUGUAAGAUUGUCUAAGAUUCACCCAUCCAUUGGGCAUCUUGAAAGACUUUCGUUGGUAAAUCUUGAAGACUGCGAAACGCUUCAGUAUUUUCCAGGGGAUUUCUGUAAGUCAAAAUCAGUUGAGACUCUUAUUCUUAAAGGCUGUACAGGAUUAACAGAACUGAAGGACAAGGGGGAGAUGGUAUCAUCGACAACACUGCAAGCAAGCCAUACAAUGACAAGGAAAUUACCAUCCUUGAUAGCAGGAUUGAAGAACCUGGGAGCAAAACUGAAGGACAAGUGGAAGAUGGUAUCAUCGCAAAGACUUCAAGUAAGCCAUACAAUGACAACACUUCAAGCAAGCCAUACAAUGACAAGGGAAUUACCAUCUUCAAUAGUAGGAUUGAAGAACCUGAUAUCUUUGCCCCCUUCGUUGCACUGCUUAAACUCUCUGACAUAUUUAGGUCUUGGAAACUGCGGUUUAAUUGAUGAUGCAAUCCCUAAGGAUCUUGGGAGUCUAUUUUCUUUAGAAAUAUUGGACCUUGCUGGCAAUUUGUUUUAUAGCCUACCGAGCCUCAGUCAACUCUCCAAGCUUAAAAUGUUAGAUUUGAGUUGUUGCAUAGAUCUUCAUGAAAUCCCAGAUUUACCAACAAAUUUGGAAAUCUUGAGAGCGAAUGAGUGCAUUGCACUUGAAAAAAUGCCAACUUUUUCGGAAAUGUCGAGUAUGGUAGAACUGCAUCUAAAUCGCUCUCCCGAACUCGUUGAGAUUCUAGGCUUGCAUAAGUGGUUAAACACUAUGAGAAGGAUUCAUAUGGAAGGCUGCACCAAUCUCACUGCUGCUUUUAGGAAGAACAUCAUACAGGGAUGGACUUCUUGCGGAGAUGGUGGCAUUUUUCUCAAUGGAGUUUAUGAUAUUCCAGAGUGGUUCCAGUUUGUUGGUAUUCAUGAGUCCAAUGAUGUUCAUUUUAAAGUGCCUCAAAUUAUUGAUCGUAAUGUUAGAGGAUUGACUCUGUGCUGUGUUUUCAAGAGAGAUUGUCCUGGAUUUACUGUUACAAAUAUUACCAAGGGUAAGGCUUUGCAGAUCCCGGGAGAAUCUACACCCAGUUUCGCUAAGAGUGUACUCCGUUUGCAAAGUGUAUUAUCAAAUGAUGUACUCCAUUUGCAAAGUGGGGACGAAGUCUCGAUUUCUGAAGUUACAGAUGAUCAUGGGAGAGGGAGAGGGAGAGUGAUGAAAACAGGAGUUAAUCUAGUCUGGCAUGAUGGUGAUGGCGGUGAUUGUGAUGGUGAUGGUGAUGGCAUUCACGAGAUUGGUGCCGUACCAAGCGAUGGUGAUGGCAUUCACGAGAUUGGUGCCGUACCAAGCGAUGGUGAUGGCGGUGACGCAUGCUCUAUCAUUCACGAGAUUGUUGCCGUACCAAGCGAUGGUGAGUACCAAUCUAAAAGGCCAUCGAGGCGAGGCGUUUCAUGGAGAGCAUGCUUAGGUGGAAGCCUUGGAGACUAUGUCAUAUAGUCUUAGAAAGUUGUAAUUAUUUAUUUUAUAGUAAGCAUUUAUAGAGAACUUCAAGAGAAAUAAAGAUCGAGUCGCAAUCAAAGAGAAUUUAAAAAGAAAUAAAGACAGUUACAAUUA